AUGACAAAAGGUAAAGCGGACAUUUUUUUGAUUCAAGAAACUAAAUUUAAAGAAUUCAAGGAUCAUUUUGUCUCAAAUUUGUGGAGUGGGUCGGAUAUUGGCUUUUCUUAUUCGAAUUCUAUUGGAGCAUCGGGGGGCUUACUUACUUUAUGGAAGGGGGAUAAAUUGGAAGUGGUGAAUAGUUUCAAUGGGGAAGGAUAUCUUGGCAUUAAAGUGAGAUGGGAGAAUAUGUGGUAUUAUGUAGUAAAUGUUUAUUCUUCUUGUGUGUUGGAUAAGAAGAAAUUGUUGUGGGCUAAUUUAUUGAGAUUGAUUGAGAAUUUCAAAGAUGGCGAGUGGAUUAUUGGAGGGGAUUUCAAUGCGGUUAAAAAUGUGAAUGAAAUAAGGAGGGUGUUAGGGGAUAAUGUGAAUCGUAACGAAUCGAGACUCUUUGUGGAAUUCAUUCAUAAUUCUUCUUUGGUGGAUUUGCCAUGCAAAGGAAAAAAAUUCACUUGGUAUAGUGGAGAUGGGAAGUCUAUGAGUAGACUUGAUUGGUUUCUUAUUUCGGAGGAGGUGAUGGAUAGAUGGGGUGUGGUCUUUGGAAGGUAUGAUUUAAAUGUGGAGGAAGGUAAGAGGUGUAUCAACUUGUAUGAUGAGUUGUUAGAAUCGGGUAAUGAGGAAUCGAAUAAAGAGGUGGUCAAUAGGAGGAGGGAAGCUUCUUGUAGAUUUUGGAAGGAUUUGCAAAUUAAGGAGAACAUGCUUCUUCAAAAAUCGAGGUUGAAUUGGUUGAGGGAGGGAGAUUCGAAUAACGGUUUUUUCCACAAGGUUAUUAAGGAGAGAAGGAGGAUUAAUCACAUUGGUCCUAUUCUUACGUCUAGGGGUAAUCUUGAAUCGGUGGGGGAUAUUAAGGAGGAAGUAUUUAGGCAUUUCAAGGAUAAAUUCAAGGAGGAUGAGUUGGAAAGACCGUUGUUGGAUGGGAUUCUUUUCAACAAUAUUGGUGAGGCGGAUUCGGUCAUGCUUGAUAGUCCGUUUUCGGAAGAGGAGAUUAAGGAGGUGUCGCGUAGAUUAAAGAGAGUUCUCGGUUCCGUUGUUUCUCCAUGUCAAAGUGCUUUUGUUCCGGGUAGGAAAAUGUUGGAAGGGGUGGUGGUGGUGGCUAAUGAGGUGGUUGAUUAUGCGAGGAAAGAGGGGUAG